CUGGGAGAGUGAAACCAAAGGGUGAAGCAGAACCCGUCCCUUGCGCCGUUUUGUCAUCAUGGGUAUUUCCAGGGAUUCUAUGCACAAGAGACGUUCCACCGGUGGCAAGCAGAAGGCUUGGAGGAAGAAACGAAAGUAUGAACUCGGCCGCCAGCCAGGAAAUACAAAGCUAUCAAGCAACAAAACCGUCAGGAGAAUCCGUGUUAGAGGAGGCAACGUGAAGUGGAGAGCGUUGAGAUUGGAUACAGGCAACUAUUCAUGGGGUAGUGAAUCCGUAACCCGUAAGACUCGUAUUCUCGAUGUCGUAUAUAACGCCUCGAACAAUGAGCUUGUUCGCACACAGACUCUGGUAAAGAGUGCCAUUAUUCAAGUUGAUGCGGCUCCGUUUAAGCAAUGGUACCUUCAGCACUACGGCAUUGACAUUGGGAGGAAGAAGAAGAUGGCCUCUAAGAAGGAAGCUACUGAGGAACCAGAAGGGGCUGCCGAGGAAACCAAGAGGAGUAAGCAUGUAGCAAGGAAGCUUGAGAAGCGCCAAAAAGAUCGCAAACUUGAUCCUCACGUUGAAGAACAAUUUGGUGGUGGUAGAUUGUUGGCAUGCAUAUCUUCCAGGCCUGGUCAAUGUGGCAGAGCUGAUGGGUACAUAUUGGAAGGUAAAGAAUUGGAGUUCUAUAUGAAGAAAAUGCAUAAGAAGAAGGGCAAGGGUGCGGGAGCCGCUUAGAUGAAUUAAUUUGGUGUUUUUGUUUUUUCAAUUAAAAGUUUGGUGAGAAUAAAAUAGAAAUUGUUUUUAUAUUAUUUUAUUUGGUUGAAUUAAUGGUAUUAAAUUGUUUUUUAGUAUGAAUAAAGUUUUUAGCUGUUUUUUUUAGUA